AUGUCUGCCGCAUGCUCCAACAGUGGAGGCAUGCGCGUUUGGAUUUCCGCUGCUCCGCCAACCCCGUCGUCUUCGCCUCUCCUUGCGGCGGCCUCGAGGGAGACUCGGGCGUCGCGUGCGAGCGCCGCGGCGUCUCUCCUCUCUGCACCACCGGAGGCCUACACUUUUCGCAUUCCUUCCUUGGGGCCGCCUCCAGCGUUUCACGCCAAGCCGCCCUCUCUCCAGGUCUUCGAAACCCACUACCAGGCGGCUCUCCAGUUUCUCUUCCUCUGCGACCGCGUCCUCCUCCCUUCUCAACAUGGCUCUGCUGCCCCCUCCGUCUUCUCGGGCGCAGUUGCGUUCCAGGCUGCUUCCACCUUCUUCCCUUCUUCCUCACUCUCUCCUCUCUCCGAUCGGGCUGUCUCCGAUGGGCCCUGUGCGCUGCCGCCGCACGGGGCAGCGCGUCCCGUCUCUCUAGAGCCCUUUCCAGCGGCGGUGUGGGAGCGCCAUCUGCCUGCGCUCCGGGUCCACGCGGCGACUUCACUCUCUGCGAGAUGCAGCCUCAUUCUCGCGGCCGCCUAUGCCACCCUGACUUGCGAGAACCCCCGAGAAAUCGCGAGUUUCGUGGCAAUCCUAGGCGCCCUCCUUGAGCCUCCUCAGGCGGGCACGGGCGCGGACUCUGCGCUGCGAGGAGAAGCGCGGCGAUGCCUGACCUGGCAGAGAGAAAGUGCAGAAAGCGAGCGAGGGGCGUUUUCUCUUGUCGCGUCGGCGUCCCGCCUGUCUGGUGCGCCGCAUCUCCCAGCUGCUGCGGAUCCAUUUUUCUCGUCUUUCUUUGCGGGGUUUCUCUCUUCGUCUCUCGCCUCGCUUCUCAGGACUGCCCCCGCAGUCCUGCCUUUCUACAGAAGUCGCAUCACAAUCAAUCACCUGCCUCUGCUUCUUACGCUGGAUCGCGGCGGGCACUGGGCGUCUCUUCUCCUCACGCUCCUUCGCUACGUCUACACGCUUCUGCUCCACCCUCCCACUGCAGUGGAAGCCAGCGCCGCGGCGGCUCGUGAGGCCUCUCUCUCCGCCUCGGUGCCGGGGCCUGAAGAGGCACGCAAGGCCGAGGGCCCAGCUUCGGGCGCGUUGGGAUCCGCGGGCCAAGGCAAGAGCAAAGACAUCUCUCCGACCACGCACUGCCUCACCGUCUUGCGCUUCCUGCGCCAGCAACUCGACGCAGUGUGUGUGCAUCCCGCCCUCGCUGCCUCGUCCUUCUUCCUGUGCUCGCGCCUGCUGACCUCCUCGACCGCCGGCGGGAGUCUCCAGCUAGUUGGGCGCGAGGCCGAGGCUGUCGUAUGUGGGGUGUGGAGCCGGCGAGAGGGGCGCGCCGCGGCGUGUCUCCUCGGCGGCCGCGAGGUCGUUCGACUGAUGGGCGAGCUCGCGCGACUCGCGUCGAUCCGAAGAAGCGUGUGGCCUUGUCUGCUGCAUCCCCCAGAAGAGGACCUCUUGCCUCUCCUCGUUUCCCGCCUAGGGCGAACCAGCCGGCAGGAUGACGCUGGACAGCGAGACGGCGCCAAGGCGGGGGUCGCCAGAAGAACCCGAGAAGCCGAACUCGCCAGGCUUGCGGCCGGAGCAAGCGAGAGAAGUCGCUCCGGGGAUCCAGCGCGCGAGCAGUGGAAGAGCGACUGCGCGGGGCCCCCCUUGCGAGAAGCAGAACACAGUGCACGGGGAGCGGAGCAGUAUCUGUGUUCCGGGGAAAAGAGACACUCUCCGUGUGGGGAUUGUGCUUCCCACUGCUGGCGCCGGGCGCUCUGCGAUUCGCCUCCACCGAAAGCGCCAAACCCCUCGCGGCCCAGUGACGCCUCCUCUGCAUGCAGUGCAUUCCCCUCGUCCCGAGAACCCGUCGCCUCAGCGCAGGAGACAACUCAGCGAACCGGCCCUGGAGGCUCGGCCCCUUCCUCGCGCUCUGUCAGCCGCAGUCGGAGCGUGGAGGCGGGUGAUCGCGGUCCUACUUUCGGCGACUCUGUCUCCUCCCGGCAAAGGAAACGGGCGCGCGACUCUUCACUGUCGAGCAGUGGGGGGGCAGCGGGCAACCCGAGGCUGGUUUACUCGAAGCGAACGCGUGGGGAGGCUCUGGGGCCUUCUGCGUGCGGCGAAGAGAGCGCAGAAUUCGAGACCCACCCGGGGGAACAGGGCGAGAGGGAAGGCUCGGAGGGUUGCGAGGUGUCUGCGUCGUCUCCGCCCGGCUCUGGGGGAGAGGGGCGAGGAGAGAAGGCUAGGGACGCGGGCGGCACACACGGAGGGAUAUGGAAGGAGCAUCCCCCACACCAGUUGGCCUGCGCGCCUUCUCGCCUCUGCCAAGCAUGUUGCCGCUGUAGAAGGAAGACGCGGAGACAGCUGCGAAACGCCAAGAUCGCCGCCCUCGGCGGCGCCUUGGCGGGCUCGAGAGAUCCCCGUUCUCUGCCUUGGCUUCUCGGAGAGCUGGACGCACCUGUGCGUUUCCCUGACACUCCCUCACUGCAUGCGCAGGAGCCGGCGGAGAGAGGACGGCCAGGCGAGCAGGCGUCGCCCGCGAAAGAAGGCUGUGCCUUCCCGCGGGCCUCGCUUCUCGUUUGGCUUCUGUGUCUGCCUCCGUCGCUCUUCCUCACUUCACUCUUCCUUCCUCCAGCGCAAGUCCGUGACCUCCUUUUUCAGCUCUCGCAAAUGCAGCUUCUCGUGCCGCCGUCUCCUGGCGACAGCGCCCAGGGUGCGGCUGAGGGCUCUGCGGCGUCGCUUCCGCGGCGCGCGAGCGCGGAGACGCUCCAGUUUCUCGCUCAGGCGGCGGGGGCCAGCCAGCAGUUCUUCUUCGAGGCCUUCCAACACAACUGGUUGUUCCCGCCGAGUUUUGCGAACGCGCUCGUCGCAGCUGAAGCCUCGAUGGCUGUUUCCGGCGCCGGCGGGUCCGCGCUUCAGGGCUUCGCCAUGUUCGCGCCUUUUGUCGGGGACUUGGCGCGGUGCCUCGUUCUUCUCACGCCGGGUUUCGCAACAGUCGAUGCAGCGCGAGCUCCUUUGGAGAAGAGCCCGUCGGCAGUUUGUGAUCGUGCGGGAGAUGACGCCUGUCGAGGAGGCAGAGCUGGGGAAGAGGCAGCGCGAGGACGCGAAGGCGGGGAGCCUGGGCAUGGCGGAGAUAAGCAGCGACACACGGGCGCGUCCGCAGGCGCGGUCCGGGGCAGGAACCCGCCGAGGCUCCAGCUGUAUCAUUUGCGUCUCUCGUCGCCGUCGGUGGUGUUUGCGCGCUGGCUGUUGAAUGCGGUGCAAUACAAACUCCCUUUCCCCUUCUCUGUCGUGGCUGCCGCGCACGCACGCCUCGCGCUCUGUCUCGACUGGCUCUGUUUCCUGCCUCCUCGUCUCCUCCCAUCCUCUUCCUCGGCUUCUGCCUCCUUUGGCGCGGGGAGCGCAGCCUCGUCUGCUGCCCAGGACCCGCAAAACCAGCAGGGUGUUUCUGCUGGCCGCUGCCGAGCUGCGCAGUUCGACUUUGCGUGCUGGCGCACGCCUGCCGGGUGUCUCCAGUCCGCGGAGGCGACCCAGAGUCUUCUCCGCGUCGCAGUGGAGCACUCCAAGGGCACAACAGCGAAGGCGCGCGCAGCUGCGAGUGCAGCCGCAUCUGCCACGGCGCUCGCCCAGCAGGAGUCUCGCCUUCUCUCCUCUCAGAUUCGCUCGAAAGCCGAGGCAGACCGGCGCCCAGGCGCGGUCUCCGGCGGAGGUCGUGACGGGGCCUUUCUGGACUUCUUCAGCGAGGAGGCAGGCCGCCGCGAACGCCUCGCCGCAGCCCGCGAAGCCGCGAAGGAGACAGUCCGGCGCGCCACAGCCGCGGGCCUUCCCACGGUGUGGGCUGCUGGGGCCUUCCCCACCGACUUUCUUUACGAGGCCGUCGUCAUGCCGCUUCUCCAGUUCCUUCUCCCCUGCAGGCGAAGGAGCGGGUCGGGGACCGAGCGCCGCGAACGAGUGCCUAGAAAAAAAAAUGCGCAAGGGAAAGAGAACAGCGAGGCGCGAGGUGAACACGCGUCGGACGCGGCUUCCCGGCUUGAGGACGAGAAGGGAGAGAGCGCUCGACACGUCACCGCCAUGCCAGGUGACAAUGUGGACGCGGAAAAGGACAUUCGAGAGGCGUUCUUGUCUUCUUUCCUGAAGCAGCAAGUCGGCGCGGCCUCCGCAGGGGGCUUGAAUCCGCCGCGGUACGCUGCGUCUUCGCGUCUCGCUCGGCUGCUCCCGUUCGGCUUCCUGGCCUUUCAACUGGUGUCCGACGCGGCGGUUCUCCCGCGAGACGCCGCGGGGCUCCUCGAUUUCUUCGGGGGUCUUCUCGCCUCGUAUUCGCCAUCGUCGUUGCCCCUCUUUGUGCCUUCUCUCGCAACAGCUCUGGCGACCUUCGGGCUCCUCCAGCUCUUUCUGCUCCCGGGAUCGCCGCUAGCAGCUGCGCUCGGCAGAGCUCGCCCUCCGUCUGCGUCCCUCACAGCUGCGGUUCAAAACCACACUCUGCCUGGCCUUCUUCUCCGACAAGCUGGAUACCCCAUUCGCCUGGCCUACCGCAGCGCGACCGCGAGAGGAGACUCUGUGGGCGGGGCCGUCGGGCGUGUCCCCGGCGUCCAACGGGCGCCGGCGGCCCUCGGCGCCGGGCGUUCGACUGUGAACGAGAGAUCAUUUGUCGCUCCGCGCCAGCAAUCGCCGAGUCCCUCCGACGAGGACGCGAGUACCAGCAGGGAAUCCUCCCAAGGGCGACCAGAAGACGCCCGGAAACGAAAUGGACAUGCUGUCGAGAAGAGAAGCCCGCAUGUGGUUCGUGGGGAGGACUCACCUGAUCUCGUCUGGGUGCCCGCCUUAUACCUCGGAGGGAACGGCGGCCAGAGCGACUUGCGGGUUCUCGUCCCCCUUCACCAGCUGCUUUUGCAUGCUUGUGUUGCCGCUCUCGCCAUCAUCGCCCAAAUCGCCAGCGACGCCUCGGCAUUUCGGGCCCUCGCCGCCGUAUGCUGGCGCCCUCCGACCGUCGCAGACGGCGUAGACACCUCUGGAGCUCUGGGCUCCAACCGCGUGCCGGGGGAAAGCCGAGGGGCCAGUAGCCUGGGGAAUCGGCCUUCAGAUGCUGCAAGACAGGUGGAGGGCACUGGCGAGACGAAGGCCCCCGAGCAAAAAAGGGAAGACGAGGACAGCGGGAAGGGACCGCCGGAAGAGAAGGAAUGCUUUCUGGAGACCAGUGACGGCCCGUUGCCUUUCUCAAGUGGUUCCUCGGAAGAAAGCGAAACCGAUUCCCUGUCCUUCUCCCAAGACGAAGACGACGAAGCCAUGACGGAGUUCUUCUUUAGACCAACGUGGGACCCCGCUGUCGGUCUGCUGCUCUCCCGCUGCUCGGGCGCGAGCCUCUCUUCUGUCUCCUCGCCUUCGGCGCGACCGCGACCCGAGUUCGGAGCAGGCUGCGGCCCCAGGCGAGGCGGCGCGGGAGACAAAAAAGGAGACCCUGAGCAGGCCGCGAGGUUCUGGGGACGUUGCGGACCGGAUGUUUACCAACUUCCGGCGUUCCUGCAGGACAACGCUGGCUUCUCGGAAAGCGGCAGAUUCGCCGGCGGUGUGGGCGUUCGAUGGCGUCGCCACGAAGAACACAUAACCACAGCGGGAGCCCAGAAGCCGAGGGGCUCUCUCGCCCUUCUGGCUGCAGAGGCGGGAGAGAGGAGACGCGCGGGCCCGCAGGCCUCUCCUAGGCGCGAAGAAAAGGAACCGGAGGGCCCGCGGCUCGGGCGGUGUUCGUGCAGACCCUGUCGCUUGUGGAACCGAGUGCUGCAGGCUGCCGCAGAAUCGUCGGAAGAGUCUCCUCCGCAUUGCCAGAGAAUGUCGCCCUCGCGCGCGCUCGCCUUCUCUCCGUCUUUCGUGGCGUCUCUUCUCGCGUCUCUAAGCCUCAGGGGCGCUCAAGGGAUCAAACUGCAGGCUUCGAAGGCGGAGAGAGAAGCAGAGAGAGUCGGGAUAACUCACGUGAACGAAGACGGCGAGAUGCGUUGUACACAAGUCGGUACAUCGCUCGGGACCGCACCAACGGGAACCGAGGAAACAGGGGCCGCCGACGGCGAGAGUUUUUCAGAAUCUCUGAGGAGGCAACGCGGAAGCAGCAACGUGGGACUUCUUCUCGCAUGCGUUCAGAGAGCGCUGCGACAGUCUGGGAGACGCGGGGUUUGCGCAGAAUCGAACAGCGCCAGCCGCCAACAGCCAUCCGCGAGUCUGGGUUCUACCCCUGCAGAGACCUCGCAACAGGACGCGAAAGACACAAAUCAUGGAAGGCCGCUCAGUCCGGUCGCUCGACACCUCCUCGAGUGUCUCCUCUCUGACGCGUCAGUCUCUUCCUGUCGAGAGACAUCCGGCGAGGCACCAGAGCGCGGGGACCGGGGCGACGCCAAUGGGAAUUGCUCCUUUCCGUGUUCUGCAGCUUCUUGCAGGGACGCAUCCCCAGAGAGCAAGGCGCAUGCGCUCUGCAAGAGAAUCUGUCUCUUCGUCUCGGCUGUCUCGCGCGACCUCGCGACAGCCCGGCAAGCGGCUGCCGAGCAGUGCCUGGUCUGCGGGCGUGGGGGCCGGACAGGGGAAGAACCGCGAGAAGGAAGUGGACAAACCCGCGAGGGCGAUGCGGAGUUCACGGCGGAUGGGCCUCGUGGCGGGGAGAGUCGGGGCUUGGUGAAGACAUCUCCGGAAGAAGAGGGAAGUUUCGUUCGGGGCAGGGGCCUUCCUGAUGACCAAGCAGCCUCGGCAGUCAGCGGAGACGCCGGGAAACGCGGGCUGGCGGUUGCCGAACUGGAGGAAAGAAAGGAAAAGGCGAGGGAAAGAAAGGAACGGGAGAGACAGGACAACGGGAGACUUCCAUGCUGCGGGGCACUAUCUAGGCAGGAGACGACCUACACGCAAGGCGUUCUUUUAUGGGGCUGUCUGUUGGCCGAGAUGCAAACGCUGCAGGAAGAGGCACGCGAGCGGGGAAAACGCGAGAGGAACGAAGAAAAAGAAGACCAAGGAGGGUUUAGCGCAGGUGAUGGCUGUCCAUUUGUGGGCUUCCUUCUUUUGUGUCUUCUUGCCCGGAGUGCCGAAGCAGCUGCUGCGGCGGCUCGUCCUGCUAGCCUGAAGUUUGGAUGGAACACUCGAAAGGAAGAAGCGAGAGAGACAAAGAGCGGACACGAGGAAGACAAAGCAAGUUGCACGGACGAGGAAGAAAGGACAGCCGAUCCUCACGAGAUGGCGAGCCUCUUGCGGGUGUAUCUCCACCUCUACGGGGUGUACGUACAGCACAGAAUGCGGGGGCGUUUCACCCACCCAAGGGAAGUGGUCGCCAGCGAUUUGCAGUUGGGGAUUCCCGUAUGUUUGGCCGCGAGAGAGCGGGACCGAAGCCAGAGGAAGAUGGAAUCUCCGAAGCGUCAUUCUCCUGUCAAGCGCGAGGCAACACAACCUCAUGAAAAAGCAGAGGAAGACUGGAACCUGCCGUCCCCGUUGGAGCUGCUCUCUCAGUGUUACCACUUGCCAGCCUACAUCCUGCCGCUUUUCAUCGGGCAGGCUCCGCUCCUCGCUGCUGUUUUCUUGACUUCUGCUGCGGCCCAGCUGGAGACCCUCGCGGCUCGGUCCGGCCUCGUGAGUGUCUCCGCGGAGACAGGCCGGCAGACGAAGGCGAAGCUUGUCCCCGGCGGAGAAGUCCUGCGAAACACCGGAGACGAGAACCCUGCGUCGGGGUUCUCUCCGGCGCCGCCGUUCUUCUGUUCACUCUGUGCGUGUGAGCGAGCGGGUGGAGCGGGACGCGCCCUGAGAGAAGGGAGGAAGCACAAGGCCGGCCGCGACCAAGACGACGCACCGCGCGCCCCCGCUCGCAUUUACCCUCUGUUCACUCUUCCCUCGUGGCACGAAGGCUUCCUGGAGAGACAGCGAAGACCGCCGAGAGAUGGCGAACGACGAGCGGACACGUCCACUUUUACAAAGAGGAAAACGUCUCCCGCGCCCGAUUUUGUCUCGGUUGUGCAACAGGUUCUUUUCCCCCGGUCUCUCUUCUUUUCUUCUCUGCAGUGGAGAAGCUGCCUCCUUGCGUGGCGCGUGUUCGCGCGAGAGAUGGAAAUCUACCAUCUCCUCGGUCCGCCGCCUCCGUGCUUUUUCUCGCGGCCUCUAUUUUCUUUCCGUCCCUCACUUUCGUCUUCUCUCUCUUCUUCCUCUUGCGCCUCGGCGGACGGAGACGCCUCGCGUGGCGUGGAACAGCCGUGGCUGAUGCGCGAGAACAAGAACGGCGUUUCGGGAGGCCUGCCUCUGUGGCUCUGCGCCGGAACCGGUCAAGGAGAGAGACAGGGCGAGGCUGCGGAGAAGCGCGCGCCGCCACACGGGUCCUCGGUUCUCGCGGAUGCGGCUCCGCAGGAGAAUGAAACCCCACACAUCCCGCAGGAAAAAAACUGGAAGGGACACCCUGGAAGCCUCGUCCCUUCCUGCUCUUCUGGCCCUGACCGGCGUCUCGGGUCGCCUCCUGUCACCUCCCUUUUCCUUCUGCCUCCCUUGGCGAUUCCGACCGAGACGCCUGUGUGCUUCCCGCCUUCGCCUCUCCACCUGCAUCUCCUCGAGGCGCUUCUCUCUCUGGUGUCGUCCCACUUCAGCUCUCUCUCGCCUUCGGGCGGCGCACAGGACCGUCUAGGGCCGAAGGGCCUUCUGGGCUCUCUCUUGGCAGUGCUGCCUUUGGCUGCGGCUCUCCGCCCGACCUUCCGACUGCUCCGGCAGACGCUGCGGACUCUCGCCUGUGCGCCGGAGCCGGCGCAUGCAGCGGAGCUGUCCUGGGAAGGCAGGCAAGAAGGCGAAACUGAAGACGGCCUCGUCGCGGUGCUCGUCUCGUGGCUGCUGUCCUGGCAAGCGGCCGACGCCUCUCGCGUGCAGGCCAUGAUUGCGCUUCUCAAGGCGCAGCCUCUGUCGCCGGGGUUUUCCUGCGGAGAGGCGCGAGGGAGUGAGACGUCGAGCGACGAGCGAGAGAGAAGGCCUGCCGACGGCGUCGGGCUCCCGCGGCUCGGUUCCGGCGCGGAGAAGACACGUGCGGGGGACGCGCUUCGUGCCCACGAGAGAGAAAGACGAACCGAUGGAGAAGAUAGCGAAGACGAACGCGAAGAAGAAAGGGUGAUGGAAGUCUGGAGAGCCGAAGAGCAAGGCCAAGGAAUGUGGCAACGUGCAACAGUGCAGAUCGCAGCAUUCGCGACUCGCCACGCAGCGCCUUCUUCGCAAGGCGACUCUUCCGUGCUCGUUGUGCGUUUGGGUCUGCUGCGGCGCCUCCAGUGGCCAGAAAGAGAAGCCGAGCGAGGAUCUCAGAGAGAAGGCGAGACAGACCCCGUGCGCGGCGGCAGAGGACAGCCAGAGGCCGCAUGCGAAGUCGCGAUGGCCGACAUCCAGCGCCUCUGUGAACUUCUCGUCUCUCCAGGGCCGAGCAUUCCUUCUUCGGCGGCCAAGCCAUGA